AGGAGGAGAAGAAGCAGCUGUUUUUGUGGUUGGAGAGCUGAGAUUUCUCACACAACUAAUCAUGAAUUUAUGCUCCGAAAUGAUUUCACAUUGUUCCAUACAGACCUGAUCAGGUUAUUAUUAAACCUGGGAGUUCCUGUUCUGCUUUAAAGCCCACGGAUCAUGGUGAGGGAGGAGAGUCCAGAGGAGACACCAUUUGGCUCAUCUCAUUCAGAAGAGUCGACACUUGAAUUUUAAAUGAUUUGUUGCUCUGUCUUUACACAACGAGGUUUUUCACAAUGAAGUCAGCAGAAGCCAGCCUGUUCUGUACGAUGCCUCCUGUUACACCUGCACAGUCCCUGUGCAAGGCUGAACAGACAGAAACGUCUUUGACGUCAGCUAGAGGCUCUGUGCGUCACUUCAACAGUUAUGACCAAAUUAAUGGAGGAUUUGAAAAGAAACCAAUAAAAGAAGAACCUGAAGAUGAAGACUUCAGCUGUGGUAAGAUAUCGAAUUCUGAAAGACACAUCAGCCAUGUGGACCAACAGAGUGAAGAGUUUCAUGAGCUGUUUUUAAAGGAAGAACCUGAAGAUGGAAAUGAUGUCUGUGGUGAGACAUCAAGCUGUAUUGUCCAUGUGAACCUUGUGGAUGAAGAAAACAAAGAAUUCCAGGAAAAGCUUUUAAAAGAAAAAGAACCUAAAGAAGAUGACUUUCUCUAUUGUGAAUAUUGCAGAUCCUUCUUCAUCAACAAGUGUGAGAUACAUGGACCAGCUCUCUUCCUCCCGGAUACCCCUGUUCCAAAGGGGGUUUCAGAUCGAGCCAGACAAACACUUCCCCCUGGUCUCGAGGUUCAGGGAUCUUGUAUUCCAAAAGCAGGGCUGGGAGUGUUUAAUAGGGGGGAUACUGUUCCAGUUGGUGCCCACUAUGGGCCUUACCAGGGAGACCUGGUAGACAAAGAAGAAGGCAUGACAAGUAGCUACUCUUGGGUGAUUUACAACAGCAGACAUUUUGAAAAAUACAUUGAUGCUAAGAGAGUGACCCAUGCAAAUUGGAUGAGGUAUGUGAAUUGUGCUCAUAAUAGUGAAGAGUCCAAUCUGGUGGCCUUCCAGUAUCAAGGGGAAAUUUUCUACCGUUGCCGUCGACCAAUCAAACCAAGACAGGAGCUUUUGGUGUGGUAUGAAGAGAAGUACGCCAAGGCUCUUGGCAUCACUUUCAAAUGCGUCUGGAACAAAAAGUGCUCCAUAAGCGAAUCGAGUGAUUACUCCGUGAACUAUUUUUCCUGUUCGAUGUGUUCACUUAUCUGUACAUCUCAAAUUGACCUUCACAACCAUAUCAAUAUGUGUCACUAUGAGGAAAAUAUCAGCAUGCAGAAAGUAGAACGAACUAAACAUAAAAUUUCAAAAGCCACAGCAAUCUCUGUACGUAAACAAAACCAGACUGGUACUUGCUUUAAGACCUCUGACUUGAAAGAGAUUUACUGCUGCUCAGAGUGUGGGAAGCGCUUUGCUGGACGAUUUCUUCUAAAACGACACCUGCGCAUUCACACUGGAGAACGUCCGUUUCAGUGCUUGCAGUGUGGGAAACGUUUUGCUCGACAGAGUCACCUUCAAGCACAUCAAACUAUUCACACGGGAGAGAAGCUGUAUGCGUGCUCAGAGUGUGGGAAACGUUUUAAUCGAGAGAGUACUCUCCAACGGCACCGACUUAUUCACACAGGGGAAAAGCCGUAUCAGUGUUCAGAGUGCGGGAAGAGGUUUACUUACCAGAACGCGCUCAAGCGGCACCUGCGUGUUCAUACUGGUGAGAAGCCUUAUGCCUGCUCAGAGUGUGGAAAGAGAUUUAAUUACCACAAUGCAUUUCAGCGUCAUCAGCGUGUUCAUACUGGAGAAAAGCCAUACAUCUGCUCAGAGUGUGGGAAGAGUUUUAGCCAGUCAAUUUCUCUCCAAAUCCAUCAGCUUGUUCACACAGGAGAGAAGCCGUAUGCCUGCUUAGAGUGUGGCAAGGUUUUCCUUCAACAGAAUACUCUGCAAAUUCACCAGCGCAUCCACACCGGAGAGAGGCCGUUUCGCUGUGGACAAUGUGAGAAGAGUUUUAAUCAAGACAGUGCUCUUCAACGGCACCAGCGCACUCAUACGGGAGAAAGGCCAUAUCGCUGCUCGCAGUGUAAGAAGAGUUUUGAUCGACAGUGUCAUCUCAAACGGCACGAGCACAUCCACACGGGAGAGAAGCCGUAUCAGUGCUCACAGUGUGGAAAACAUUUUAAUCGAGAGAGUACCCUCCAACGGCACCAGCACACACACACGGGACAGAAGCUGUAUAUCUGCUCAGAGUGUGGGAAGAGUUUUACACGACAGAGCAAUCUCAAAAUACACCAGCAAGUUCACACAGAGGAGAAGCAGUAGCCUUGCUUACAGUUUGGAAAGAGUUUUACUCAAAUAGACCAGCACAUUCGUACAGCAGAGUGGCAUGGUUUUAGAAAACUAGAAUCUCUGCUUAGCGUUUGGAAACGUUUUGGAAGUCGUCUUAGAUGUCAUCAGCACAUCCACAUGUCGUGUUACUAUAAAAUAUGGGUCAGUCUUCCGACUAGAGAUGGGAAUCAUCAGGACCAGCCAAUGUCAUAUCACAAUACCUAGGUGCAAUUCCAUUUGUUUUGCGAUUAUAUCAUGAUUUUACAAAUAUCCCUAUUCAAUAAUCAAUUUUAAUUCUUUAAUCAAAAGUUUUCAUUAUGAUUCUUAACAAACUUUGCAAAUGAUUUGCUCCUCACAACAUGGGAUGCUGGGAAUAGUGGAGAGUAGGCAAGAUGGAUUAUAAAGGAAUGGAGACAUUUUGCCACCUCAAAUGCAAACCUAAUUAAAUAAAAGUUGUAUUUAUAUAAAAAAAAAAUCUUUUGCAGUCGCCAGGCAAAAGAAUCCCAAUACAUCACUAAAUAUUUUUUUAAAAAUCUACUUCAAUCAUGCCUUAACAAUACCAGAGUUGUUUGCAUAAUAAUACGUUUGACCUUUUUUUGCUAGUGUAACCUCGUCUGUUACUAGUUACAUCACUUUUGUAUGUUUAUUUCAAAUUGGUAUGGUUUACUAAAUGUAAACAAUAAUUUAAUUCGUUUCACUUUUCUCUGUGUGUUAAACAUAAAAUUACAUUUAAAGUAUAGUAUUAAUGUGAAGUUUAGCCUCGCUUGGCUAAGUUAGCACUUUAUUUAAAAACGUUAUGUUUUCUGUGUGUAUUUCAUACCAUAUUAGCAAAAGACUUUUUAGACUGAUUAUACUUUUAGUCUGUGACCUUUUUACCCAGUACUAUUUAUUUAUUUAUUUAUUUAUUAAUAGUGACGUCAAAGAUUUCUGUCUAUUGCUCUAAAUAAAUGCUAAAUGCCGUAAAUGUAAACAAAUGCUAUUGAUUAACAGGGAACCUACAUCAUUAAGAACACAUUCUGUUUUGACAGUUUUAGUCAAUAGUUUUUUUGUGUGUAUUGUUAAAUUUUUUGUCUAUUUAUUGUGUAUAGUGAUUUAAUUUUCUUUAUUGUUUUUAAAAAUAUAGUACUUCCAACUAUAGACACCACAUUGUGUGUCAUAAUUCUAAUUCCAACGGUGAUUAAAUAAAAGUGUUCACCUUGGGAUGAUCAAACAGUUGGAAUGGGCUUAGAUACUGUUAACUUUUCUUAAGGAAAAAACAGUGUGAUGCAACACACCUGGGUGUUCCCAGCACUGUAAUGACUGUAAAUGCAUGGAACCCAGUACCCUUUAUUCAGGCUGUGCUGUACUGCCUCAUUGGCUACUGUGUUAGCUCUCCAAUAAUGUCUUGAUCUCUGUUACAUCCUUGGACAUAUUUGUUUUUUUUUUCUUUCUCUCUCUUUCACAUCUCUACUCACAAGUAGGAGGAAAUGGCUACCACCUGACAUCAUUGAUUGGCUGUGCCCACUGAUUGGUGGAUGAGAGAGAGAAGUUGGGAUUUAAACAACAUUGCUAACACGGCCCAGGGUGGCGGUGCCGUUUUGUUCUUGAGUCGGUUUCAGUCCUGUUUGUUAGUUAAGGAGUUAGGGUAUUUCGAUGUACUUUUGUUUCUUUUUCUUUUUGCAGGUUAGUUAGAUUCUGAACACCAGUUAUAGGUGUUUUGUUUGUUGUUUUGGCCUAAGCCCCUUCUUGAAGUCUUUAAAACCCUGUUUAUGGCCUUCUAACAAUAAAUAUGUUCAAUUUUUCUCUUA